UUAUUUAAAUAUCUUAUUCAAAUUCAAGAGUCAGAUCAUAAUUUUAUCCCAGUAAAGUCAUCUUCAUUUUACCCUCUUUUACUCUUCAGUAGUUUUACCACUCUCGUCGGAUCUCGGCCAUCCAAUCACUCUUCGCCGCCGCCUUCAUCAAUCGUCGCAAAUGGAAAUUCUAAUCGGCGAUCGGACCCCUGUUCUUCCUCCGCCGGAUAUCGUCGUCUUUCCCGAUCAAUUAACUCCUUUCCCUGAUACAGAAGACAUACUCUUCGAAUCCUGUGGUGAGUUUCUUCCUCAUUCCAUCGAAUCCCAAUCUCAACCACCACAAAAGCUUCGUCCCGUCAGAUGCAACGGAAGAAGAUGGCCGGAGUUUACACCCGCGGCAGAUACCUCCGGUCUCGUUUGGAGGCAGAGUAGUUGUGCAGAAAUUGGAACAGAAAAUCAUGAGACUUCGCUGGAGAACAUUGGAAGCGAUGUUUAUUCUUCUGCAUUGCAUAAUCUUAAAUCGGUUCUGGAUGUUGAAGGUUCAGAUAUCAUUGGAAGCAGCCGUCCACAUGAAUAUGAAAAGAGUUUGUCUUCAGAUGAUGAUGAUAAUCAAUCUUCGGAAGGAACAAGGGAAACCAUGUUGAAUCGAAAGCGCAAGAGGAAAUCGCGAAAAACUAUUGAGUUGUUUUUCAGGAAUAUGGUGAAUGUGGUUAUGCAUAGACAAGAACAGAUGCAUAAACAGUUGAUAGAUUUGAUAGAGAAGAGGGAAAAUGAAAGAAUCAUUAGAGAAGAUGCAUGGAGAAAGCAACAGCUUGAAAUAGCGAAGAGGGAAGAAACAAUCAGAGCUGAAGAGACGUCUCGAAGCUUAGCUUUAAUUUCCUUGAUUCAGAACAUGUUGGGAAAUGACAACCAAGUUCUCAAAUCCUCGCGUGGAAAAAUCAACGAUCAAGAUUAUUUCAAUGGUGAACCGGAGAUGUGGCUGGACGAUGAGGUACAAUCUCUUAUAACUGUUCGAACUUGUUUGGAUCACAAGUUCUGUAACAGUCCAGACGAUACCAUCUCCUUAUGGGAAGAGGUAGCGGUCGGAUUAUCGAACAUGGGAUAUAUUAAAAGUGCGAUGAAAUGCAAAGAGAAAUGGGACAACAUCAAUGAAUACUGUUAUUGAGGAAAGCAAUUGGAUGAAUUCCUCGGCUGCUUCAGAACAGAACGAGUGAGAUAUGUACUCUUUUCUUAUACGCUAUCUUUUAAUGGAUUCAUUUGACCUGCUUCUUGAUUUCUGAAGUAAAUUUCUUGACUUUUGCUGCAGUAUAUGCUGUUUAAGAACAUUAGGGUUCUUCUUGUAUUCAAGGAAAUGGAUUAGAAGGAAAUGGAUAUGGUAGUCUUAAAUAGUGUCCCUGUUUGGUAGUUUUAGUUUGAGACAAUUGAUUGUCAAAUAAAUAUUUGAGAUUUGAUCAUUCUAUUGCUAAUUCAUUGUUUAUGUUCAAUCUGGUUCA